AUGAACCUCCUAGACAUAGCCAAGUCAUGCGAGGACAUCGCUCGAGGAGUCUUCAACUUCCUUACCCAUGUCCCCACCUCUUCAGUCGACAUCUCCGCCGUCGUUGCGGAGCUAUACGCCGUCGGUGCAUGCCUACGAGCCCUAGACGACUCAAGCAAGAAUCCCGCCCGUCGACAGAUAUUCGCACAUAUAACGACCGAUCUUGAGCUCAUUGUGCGCGCUAGCUUGCGUCAGACGCUCCGUGAUAUAUAUGAUAUGCUCAAUCGUAUGAAUCAGGCUAUACACAUCACUAAUCUGCAUAAUGCGGCUGCUACUGCGGCCGGGACACCGGUGGCUGAUACGACUGCCGCGAUCCAUAAGAGGACAUGGGAUGGAUUAUGGCAUUAUUUCUACCAGCAGGCUGGGUAUACCUUGCAUCUAAGGCUGAGAUAUUAUAAGCAGAUGCUGGAGGAGAUGUCGGCCAUUGUACAGGGUGAGGUUGCAGACGAGGUUAUGCUUGCUAGUUGUCGAGCAACAAUCACUGCACUACGUGUUAUUCAAGACAGACAGGUUGCGCAUCAGGCUCAGCAGCAAGUUCAGCGGCAGCAUCAGCAACUCCACCACCACCAGCAACAACAUCAAAUGCCAGGGCAAUUCCCACAGCAGCCACAAUUCCAUCACCAGGUCCCUCCCGCACCCCCUCCGCCGCCACCACCACCUCCCGCCCCUGGAGUACCUGGCGUCACUCCGAUUAAUGUACCCCACGUCGUAACCCCCGAAACCACAUUGGAGCACAUCCUCGAAGUUCCCAAGGCCCCUGAGCCGCCAAAAAAGAAGCCCUCCGUGAAAAAGCGUGGUUCGUUUGAGCGGCAGAGACCGAGCAGGAAGCAGGAAUACCAUGAUUCAAUACACUGGUCGAACCCGACUAGUCCUAGAUCUCCUGUUGAUUCUAGCAGUGAUACCAUGUCGCUAAGUUCGAAUACCGUCAGGCAUUGGGCCUCAAAAGUUUACAGUUCCAUCAUCACUUCGACCCCUUUGACGUCUACGGGGGAUAUGACAAAGUGUUAUGGCGAUAAUAUGCCCGAUGUAAGGGCACACCUGGACAAAGGAUAUAUCGAACUACUACAGCUGUACGACAUCAUUUCAGAGCUAUUCCUGAGAGAACAAUUACUAACGGAACAUAAUGACAGAAAAUUCCCCGGAAGACCACAGCUCACGUUUUCCUUCUUUCUGCGAGACAAAGACCAUCGAGUGAGGGUUCUGUGUAAAGUCAAGACAGACAAGCGUACCAUGUACAGCAGUACCAUUCUUACCUCGCUGCUCAUCCAUAGAGAAGGAUCAUGUCUCAUGCUCUGCCACCCGUCUACUAGUGGGCAAGAAGACCGUGUCGCAUGGGCUAAUCUACAGUUCAGCACUUUUGAGUACAUGGUUUUCUUCUUUUGUACCUUUAUCGCUUUACGCGGACAAGACUCCUCGAAUCCUGUCUCCCGUAUCAAGGAUUUCGAACUCGACGGCGAAGAGCUUGUUUUCUCGGGUGUUCCAGUCUGGACGGCAUUUAUCCAUCCAUUCUUAAAGAAACCUCGUGCCUGGAUGCGACACGUCGAGCAAGAAGUUAUUUAUCUCACCGAACUGCAACCUACGGUAUUUAUCAAUUCGGAAGAGUACAAGCCCUCUGUUACUUCGCGAGGGGAGCACAUUAUCACAUUCACUUCCUCAGAAGAUGCAGUAAUGUUUAUGGAAUCAAUUAACGAAAUUUCGCACGUCCUUCGGAAGAAAAAAUGA